UGGAAAAUUAAUAACCUGUCCCACUAUUAUUUAUCAUUCUGAUUUACAUAUUCACUUUACACAUAAUAUAAAGAAAGACCAGCCCAAAGCACUCAUUUUGUGACCAAAAAUCCGCACAGCAACCGGACAACGAUCAGUCAAGAUGAAGAAAUGGAUUAUCGCAGUAAUUGUCAAUGUAUUUUUGAUAUGUGUUGGAGCCGAAGAUGGCAUGUGCUGUAAUAAGAUGAAGUAUUUGAUUCAGAAAAAGAAACGUGCCUUUGCAAUCGUUUGUGCUCCUGGCAACACUGCACUUCGUCGUUGCUGUAAUAAUAUCAAGAAAGGGGUGAUGUCUUUGGAAAAUGCUUACCGCGAAUUGUGCAAGAAGAAAUCUGUUGCGAUCAAUCUACGAUAUAAAGAGUGCAGACAGUACAAAAUGUUGAAUGAGAGUAACAGAAAUGUUAAAUAUCGGUCGGGUAGAAAAUGUGACCGCAGUCUCACAAAAGGAUGGUACAGAUUUGGUGGUGGAGCUGGAACCGAAAUGCCCAAAUCCUGCGUUGCGAAAAAUCGAUGUGGAACUCAUGCCUCUGGUUGGUUAAACGGAACUCAUCCCACGAUGGCUGAAGGAGAAGUGACGAGGAAAGUCUGCUAUCAUUGGAAAAACAGUUGCUGCCAUUGGUCAAAUGAUAUUGAGGUCAUCAAUUGUGGUCCGUAUUUUGUUUACAAACUUAGCCGCCCACGGGUUUGCAGCCUGCGUUACUGUGGUACAAACUAGGACAUCUCCACAAUUUGAUUUACGUAAUUGAUGUGUUGUAGUAAUUGCUUUUUUCUUCUUCUCUCAACAAUAAAUUAAAGCUCAAA